CCCUUUUUUUUUUUGUUUAUUUAAAGGCUUCCCUCAUUCCACUUUCUCCCUCACUUCCACUCAGCACAGCAGACACCACCAACUCUCUUCUUUUUGUACUCUCUUCUCCUCCUCCCUAGUGAACAAGAAAAGAAUCACCGCCGGAAAAAAAUGGCCGCCUCCACCUUCCUCGCCGUCGACGCAUCCUCCAAACUAUCCAAUCCAGCUGUUAGAGCAUCGCCAACAACCGCCGCCGCCGGCAAGACUACUUUCCUCCAGCUGCCUCUCAAGCUCCGGAACCCUGGAUCCCUCAAGCACGCUUCCUCCUUCGCCGGAAGCAGGAGAUCCUUCUCUUCUUGCACUAGCCAGGCCGCUUCCUCCGACGAUGCCAGACCUCCCUCCAAAGUUCAGGAGCUCCACGUCUACGAGAUGAACGAGCGAGAUCGAGGGAGCCCCGCCGUCCUCCGAUUGAGCCAGAAGCCGACCAAUUCCCUCGGCGAUCUCGUCCCUUUCAGCAACAAAGUCUACAGCGGGGACCUGAAGAAGCGGAUCGGGAUCACGUCGGGGAUAUGCCUGCUGAUCCAGCACAAGCCGGAGAUGAAAGGGGACCGGUACGAGGCAAUCUACAGCUUCUACUUCGGCGAUUACGGCCACAUCGCCGUCCAGGGGCCGUACCUCACCUACGAGGACAGCUACCUGGCGGUGACCGGCGGCUCGGGGAUUUUCGAAGGCGUUUACGGCCAGGUGAAGCUGCAGCAGCUGAUCUUCCCUUUCAAGCUCUUCUACACUUUCUAUCUCAAGGGGAUCGAGGACCUGCCGGAGGAGCUGCUCGGCGCGCCCGUCCCGCCGAGCCCCGCCGUGGAGCCGGCGGCGCACGCCAAGGCCUGCGAGCCCCACGGAGCCAUUGCUAAUUUCACCGAUUGAGGGUUUUUGGAGGGGAUUGUGUGUAUGUAUGUAAUGUAUGUUACGUUGUUGGGAUCGGAUCUAGGAUUCGGCGGUGGCGACGAGUUUGUAGUCGGACUCGGAAGAGUACUUGUAGUCACGUUUUGAGUUUUCUAAUAAAAAAGAGAGCAAGCGCACUGAGAUUGGCCUUUUUUAGUGUUUGGUGGCAGACACAUUGCUUUUUCUUGGUGGUCCUCCGGCAGAGUAGAAUGGGAAUUUUGCCUCGCACAUAUUCUAGCAAGUAACAACCUACAAAUUGU